CUCUUCCUCCGAUGUCACCCCUAGGCGGAGGCGUUAGUAGACGGGCAGCAGCAGCACCCCUCCCGGCCUCGAGCACCGUCACCGAACGCUCCAGGGAAACGAUCGCCAUAGUGAACCGCACGCGAAACGCUCUGCUGAGGAUACCUGCGCUAGUUUGACCGAUAAAGGUCGGCUGAAGCUGCGUGUUUUUCGUCUGAAAAGGCGGCUUGUGUUUGUGUGUAUUGGCGGAGAGUGGAAACACGGCAUCCGGCCUCCGAGAAGCAGGCGAGGGCAGGGACUCGCGUCCAAACAACGUUCACCGUCUCUGGCCCCCCCUGCCUCAGUGGCCUAUGGAGAGGAUGAAGAGGUUUAAGAGACGUUUGUCACUCACUCUGCGUGGUAGCCAGACGAUCGAUGAAUCGCUUUCAGAGCUGGCGGAACAGAUGACCAUCGAGGAGAACAGCAGCAAGGACAGCGAGCCCAUCGUGAGGAAUGGCCGGCCGCCGUCCUCCCACAGCAUGCACUCAUUUUUGCACCAGUACACGGGCUCCUUUAAGAAGCCUCCCCUGCGCCGACCGCACAGUGUCAUCGGAGGCAGUCUGGGGUCCUUCAUGGCAAUGCCUCGAAACGGCAGCCGUCUCGACAUUGUUCAUGAAAAUCUGAAGAUGGGUUCGGAUGGAGAGAGCGAUCAGGCCUCAGGGACGUCCUCGGACGAAGUGCAAUCACCCACCGGCGUGUGUCUCCGCACCAGAUCUCAUCGGCGCAUAUCCAUGGAGGACCUGAAUAAACGCUUGUCUUUGCCUGCUGAUAUCCGGAUUCCUGACGGUUACCUGGAAAAGCUGCAGCUGAGCAGCCCGCCGUUUGACCAACCCCUCAGCCGACGGUCACGUAGAGCCUCGCUGUCAGAAAUCGGCUUUGGGAAACUAGAGACCUACAUCAAACUGGACAAGUUGGGAGAGGGGACGUAUGCCACUGUUUUCAAGGGGCGGAGCAAACUGACGGACAACCUGGUAGCUCUGAAAGAGAUCCGGUUGGAGCACGAGGAGGGCGCUCCAUGCACAGCUAUUAGAGAGGUGUCAUUAUUGAAGGAUUUAAAGCACGCCAACAUCGUCACGCUUCAUGAUAUUGUCCACACAGACAAAUCCCUCACUCUGGUCUUUGAGUAUCUGGAUAAGGAUCUGAAGCAGUACAUGGACGACUGUGGAAACAUCAUGAGCAUGCACAACGUUAAGAUUUUCCUGUUCCAGAUCUUGAGAGGACUGGCGUACUGCCACAGACGCAAGGUCCUGCACCGGGACCUGAAACCACAGAACCUGCUCAUCAAUGAGAGGGGUGAACUCAAACUGGCAGACUUUGGUCUGGCACGAGCCAAGUCGGUUCCCACUAAGACAUACUCUAAUGAGGUGGUGACCUUAUGGUACAGACCUCCUGAUGUACUACUGGGAUCCUCAGAAUACUCCACACAGAUCGAUAUGUGGGGUGUUGGAUGUAUAUUUUAUGAAAUGGCUGCAGGUCGGCCGCUGUUCCCAGGAUCCACCGUUGAAGAUGAGCUGCAUCUAAUCUUCAGAUUACUGGGUACACCUACAGAGGACAACUGGCCCGGCAUCUCGUCCAUCGAAGAGUUCAAAUCCUACAACUUCCCCAAAUACAAGCCUCAGCCCUUCAUCAAUCAUGCGCCCAGGUUGGAUACUGAAGGAAUAGAGCUGUUAUUGUCCUUUCUAAGGUAUGAGUCCAAGAAGAGGAUCUCUGCAGAUGAAUCAAUGAAACACUCCUACUUCAAGAGUCUGGGCAUGCGUGUGCACACACUGCCAGAGAACAUAUCCAUAUUUACACUGAAGGAAGUGCAGCUUCAGAGGGACCCCGGUUACCGGAACUCCUCGUACCCAGAGACAGGCAACAGCAAGAACAGACGGCAGAGCAUGCUGUUUUAAGCUGCGUUCCCUCACACUCUUGCCCAUUGCUCUCACACACUCUCGCACAAACACACACACACACACACACACUUGACGGAUCAGUUCGACUGCUCUUACUCCGUGACUGUGUUGUAUAGACUAACAGACUUAGUCCCCCCUCGCUCA